UUCCUAUUGUUUGCAAUGACUCAGGUAUCCAGGUUAGGAAAUAACAGACAGACUUCCUUGUUGGACGAUUACCCCACCUCCCUGCCUCUCUGCCAUGUGUAUAAAGAGCUCAGAGAGGCUUCCUUCCCACACUGUUGUGCUCCUUAUCGCAGAAGCACCUUUGUGUUUGCAGCUCUCCCUGAAGCUAUGGCUAAGAAGGUGGCAGUAAUCCUUGCUGGUUGUGGGGUUUAUGACGGCAGUGAGAUUCAUGAAUCGUCGGCUGUCUAUGUUCAUCUGAGCAGAGCCGGAGCUCAGACUGAUUUUUUUGCCCCAAACACAGACCAGAUGCACGUAGUGAGUCACACCAAAGGGCAGCCCACAAAAGAGACACGCAAUGUGCUUGAGGAGAGUGCACGGAUCGCAAGAGGAAAUAUUAAAGACCUUAAAGAUCUUGAUGUCAGUGAAUAUGACGCAGUCAUUAUACCAGGAGGUUUUGGUGUUGCCAAAAACCUGUCUACCUGGGCUGUAAAAGGAAAGGACUGCUCGGUGGCAAAAGAGGUUGAAGCAGUUAUUAAAGGAUUCCAUGGAGCCAAGAAACCAAUCGGUUUGUGCUGUAUCUCCCCUGUACUGGCAGCAAAACUCUUUCCUGGAUGUGAACUGACGGUUGGCUGUGAUACAGAGUGUGAAAAGUGGCCAUAUGCAGGCACAGCAGCUGCCAUUAAGGAGCUCGGCUGCAAACACGUCAACAAGCAAGUCAGUGAAGUUCAUGUGGAUGCAAAGAACAAGUUGGUCACCACCAGCGCCUUUAUGUGUAACAGCCCAGUUCAUGAGAUUUAUGAUGGAAUUGGGGAAAUGGUGAAAUCUGUUCUGCAGCUGACAAAUUAAUUAGUAUUCAUUGCGGUUAUUUCAGAUGUGUAAUUAACUGUAUUUAUAUAUUGUACAAUAAAAUCUGUUGGAGGUAUGACUGAAGCAAA